GCGAGCUUGACAUUUGUCACGUACGCAGCGUACACAUUUUGCUUGUUUUUUAAAUUUCUUUAUUGUUAUUUCUUUUUUAAAUUAUCUGUGUGAUUAUUAUUGUUUUUAUGUGAUUAAUCAGUGAUUUAUACAUGUGUUUUAGUGUAAUUGUAAUGAUGAAAGUUUGGAUAUAAGGAAUCGAGGAAGAAAAAAGGGAAAAAGAUUGAAAAGUAUCAAGUUUGAGGUUAGGUUUCGUGAUAAUUGAAUUGAUUGAAUUAUAAGAAAAUUAAACGUAAUUUCAUUGAUGUUUGUUGAUUUAUUGUUGUGUAAUAGUCAAAUUUUUUGUUACUUGUGUAAUAGAAGUGUACCGUAUCUUUGUUGCGUUGAUAAAAAGUGAAAUAUGUCGGAAAGUAAAAACGUGAUUUUGGUCACCGGUGGCACCGGGUUAGUUGGAAAAGCAAUUGCAACGGUGAUUGAAAGUGAUAACAAUCCUAAUGAAAAAUGGAUAUUUGUUGGUUCAAAAGACGCUGAUUUGUGUGAUAAAAAAAGCACUGAGGCAUUAUUCGAAAAACAUAAACCAACUCAUGUUAUUCACUUGGCUGCAAUAGUCGGUGGUUUGUUUGUCAACAUGAAAAACAAUCUCGAUUUUUUGCGAAGGAAUUUGCAAAUUAAUGAUAAUGUUUUACAAACUGCACACGAGCGGAAUGUUAAAAAAGUUGUAUCAUGUCUUUCGACUUGUAUUUUUCCUGAUAAAACGACAUAUCCUAUUGAUGAAACCAUGGUUCACAAUGGACCGCCACAUGUUUCCAAUUAUGGUUACAGUUAUGCCAAAAGAAUGAUUGACGUUUUAAAUAAAGGAUACUUUGAUCAACACGGUAGAAUCUACACGAGCGUAAUACCUUGCAAUGUUUUUGGACCAUUUGACAAUUUUCGUCCGGAUGCGAGUCACGUUAUUCCUGGACUUAUGAGAAGACUUUACGAUCUUAUGAAAGAUGGCAAUACGACAGACAAGGUAUUCAAGGUUUUAGGAACCGGAAAACCAUUGAGACAAUUUAUUUACAGUAAAGAUUUGGCGAAACUGAUUGUUUGGGUUUUGAGGAAUUACGAAUCAGUUGAACCCAUUAUUUUAUCAGUGGACGAAUCUCAGGAGGUAACAAUAGCCCAUUUAGCUGAAACUCUCGUAAAAGCUUUUGAGUUCAAAGGAAAAAUUGAAUUUGAUUUGACGUCUGCCGAUGGACAAUUCAAAAAAACAGCAAACAAUUCAAAGCUACGAAAAUUUUUACCUGACUUCACAUUCACGCCAUUUGAGCAAGCAUUGCAGGAAACUGUUGACUGGUAUAAACAAAACUACAGUGAUGCUCGUAAUUAAAAAUUUUUCAGUUGACAUUAGAGUUUUCAAACAUUGAAGAAUAAAAUUUCAUAA